AUGUUUGCCCGAGCUGCCACCCCCAAGUCCUACCUCGGCCGCUACCGGCUGUUAGCCCCCACUGCCGGUGUUAAGGUGAGCCCACUAUGCCUGGGAGCGAUGAACUUCGGUGAUGGCUGGAAAGAACGUCUCGGCGAAUGCAACAAAGAGACCUCAUUCCAGAUCCUGGAUACAUACUACGAGAACGGAGGCAACUUCAUCGAUACAGCAAAUAACUACCAAUUUGAAGAAUCCGAAAAAUGGCUCGGCGAGUGGAUGGAAGUCCGCGGCGUGCGCGAUCAAAUCGUCCUCGCAACAAAGUAUACCUCGCCGUACCGCAUGCACAAUAAGUCCGAGAUCCAGGCGAACUUCGUCGGAAAUAAUGCUAAGAGCUUGAAACUGUCUGUCGACGCGAGUUUGAAGAAAUUGAGGACGGAUUAUAUUGAUCUGCUCUACGUCCAUUGGUGGGAUUUCAGCACUUCCAUUGAGGAGGUAAUGACCUCGCUCAACCAGCUGGUCUUGUCUGGGAAGGUCCUGUACUUGGGUAUCAGUGAUACACCCGCGUGGAUCGUGACCAAGGCGAACCAAUACGCACGCGACCACGGCCUCCGCCCCUUCUCUGUGUACCAAGGCAAAUGGAACGCCGCAACUCGCGAUUUCGAGCGCGACAUAAUCCCCAUGGCGGCGUCCGAAGGCAUGGGUCUCGCACCAUGGGCCUCUCUCGGCGGGGGCGCAUUCAAAACAACCGCGCAGCGGGAAGAGCUCGAGCGGGCCGGGAACCCUGGACGACAGGUUCCAGCAACGGAGCGGGACAUUGCGGUGUCAAAGGUGUUGGAGGCUGUUGCGGAGCGACAUGGGACUGCGUUGACUAGCGUUGCGUUGGCGUACGUUAUGCGAAAGGCGCCGUAUGUGGUUCCCAUUGUAGGUGGGCGUAAGGUUGAGCAUUUACUGGGGAAUAUUGAGGGGCUUGGGGUUGAUUUGUCGGAUGAGGAUUUGAGGGAGAUUGAGGGGGCUUAUGAGUUUGAUGUUGGGUUCCCGAUGAACUUUUUGUUCCGGGGGGAUGAUGUGCCGGAGGCGCAUCCGGGUAAUUCGUCGUUUUUGAAUGUCGCGGCUAAGUUUGAUUAUCCUGAUUUGGUUCGUGGGCCUAGGCCGAAGAAGUUGGAUGCUUGA